AUGGAGGGAACUAGCAACAAGAGCUUGAGGUUUGGAACAAUUAAUUUUAGUGAUUAUCAGGGUCUUGAAGUGUUAGGUUACAAGAAAGAUGAUGUUUUGAGCCAAGAGCUUCAGAAUUCAGCUAUGAAGGAUCUUGUGAAUGAAAAUGAGGAUGCCCGAGGAGGUCCUAUGGUGUCCAAAGAUGGAGAUCGGAAACAGACCUAUCCACUAAGGCGGGAGGUGAAGAAUUGCUUCUAUUUUGUGAAUUAUGGUUGGUGCAUGUAUGGAUCCAAUUGCAAAUUUAACCAUCCAUACAAUCAGCUUGCUCAGGGAUGUUUAAAUGAAACCGUGGUGGCUCCAGUUUCUGACUUUAAUUUCACUGGCCGGCCAGUUCCACAAGGAGCGAAAGAAUGCCCUCACUACAGGCAAAAUGGUUCCUGCCAGUAUGGUUUAAACUGUUGGUUUGAUAAUUCGGAACCUUCAUCAAUGGAAGGAGGAUUCCUUCAUUCUGGAUAUACAGGGUUGGAAGAUACUAUGCAAUGCAGCUGGUCAUUUACUGCACCAGUAAAUGAAAUUGGUCUGGGAAACCCCUACAUGUAUCAACAGGAACAAAUUUUUCCAUCCUCUGAAUGGAGUGGUAAUCAGACAAGCUUCAUUAGUUCAGAUUAUAUCUUAAUCUGUUGCCGAGCCCUUUCAGCCGAACCAGGCAAGAUUGCUUACUAUAGGAUCUCCGAAACCAGAAGAGCAGCCUGA